UCUUACGCACAAACACAUAAAAUGCACACAAAACCAUACAAAAAAAAAACACCAAAAAAAACUAAAAAAAAAAUAAUUAAAGAAUAAAAAGUAAUAUAAUAAAUAAACCGACAAAUUCCCAUAAUGGCUGAAGAUGCAGAGUCCACAGCUGAAGUUGUGAAAGUGGUCGAGGCCACCGAGGCAUUGACAGAUCCCCCCGUGGUCCUGCCUCCCGAACCCAUGGUCGGGCCGGAGGAGAUCCCCAAGCCGGAGGAGAUCUCAAAACCAGAGGAGAUCUCAAAGCCGGAGGAGAUCCCCAAGCUGGAGGAGGCCAUCCAACCCAAGGCCAGUGAAGCCAUUAUCCACGUGGAACCCCAACCAUCGACCGUAUUGGAGCCUUGGCAGGAGGGCCAGGAAAUAGGCACCACCGAACACUCAGCUGACCUAGAAGUGGAGAACACGGAAGCCACAGAAGAUCUAUCGCCAGAGGAAAAUAAGGAGAGGAUAAAAAGGGAGCGAAAGGAGCGCAUAAAGAAUUUGGUCACCACUCGAUUCACACUCUCGGAAAUCCAGGUACCACCAAUUAAUUUCGAAGAGGAAGAUGCCGACGAGAUGAGGGAUAAACUGGAGGAGGAGGAUGAGAGACUAGAUGAGCCUGACGAUGUCGUGGUGAGCUUUGAUGAACCCACCACCGACGAUCUGGAGUUCGAGUCGAACGAUGACUCCGACGAGUCGGUACAGGAUCUACUCACGAAAUUCAAGCCCCAAAAAAUGGUGGACAUAUUUCCGCCAGAAGCCUACUCAAGCGCACCCGUUGAUAGAACCAUAUUCUACAAGGAUCCAAAGUAUGAGGAUUGGGAGGAUACGAUGAGCUUGGCCGGCAUGAGCUUGGCCGGCAUGAGCUUGGCCGCCAUGAGCGUUAUAUCGACAAGAACCUUAAAACCGACAGAUCCCGAUUCCGUUCAGCUAAAGACCAACUUCCUGAGGGAUUUCGAUGUGCCCAGUCUGUCGGACAUAUCGGAGGAGCACGUUGUGUCGUCGCAGUUGUCUAAAGUCAAGUCCACGACAAACAGCUUGAAGGAUCUGGGCUUUUUCGCCGAUCCUACGUCUAAUUAUAGCUCCAGUUCCAGCUCGGAAUCCGGAUCGCUUGGGGAUUUGGACAACGAGCAGCAGGAGGAGGAGGAGGCGGCUGUCGAUCAGGAUGACUCCUCCGUUAUCUCCGACAUACCCGAUUUCGCGGAACUUCCACCCGCGGCUGACCACCAAAAAAAGGGCGUUACAAUGGAUGAUUUCAAUGCCAUGGCAACGGUUGGAUUCACGGAUGUCUUGGAAAUAGAAGAUCCAUCUCUUGCCAUCGCCCGCGAGAUGAGGUAUGUGAUCCCGGAAAUGCUGCACGAUCUUAUUGAGGAGGCGGCCAGCAAAUCGGAGUUCAUGAACGAGGACAAUGCACUUCGGGCGAAAUUGGACAAGAAGAAGCUGAUGGAUGAGCUGCUGAAAAUCACCGAUCAAUAUAUGUAUGAGAAGUUCACCAACGAGAUGGUGGGCAACCGCCUCGUUGAUUAUCACAAGCGCAGCCGCAACAUCCGGGUAUUCCAGCCCCUCUCGCCGGAAAACGAGAAGCGCUUCUCCGCCCGCUACAUGAGUGCCCUGGCCCUGCUCGACAGCCUCAAGAAUCGGGUGGAUAAGGCCAAGCACAAGUACGCCAUCCAGAUGAACAGCGUGAUCCUGGACCUGCACUCCGCCCAGAGCGUCGCCUCCAUCACGGAGGAGCGCCUGGAGGACACGUUCCGGCACUACCUGGUCCGGCCGGACUCGGAAAUCCUGCGACGCCUCGUCGAUCGCGAGCUGCGGCUCAUGGCCACCAAACGGAACGAGAUCAGCGACACGCGGCUGUUCCUGAUCACCAGAAAACACACCUUGGGUCACAUAUUGGGAAAAAUCACACAACUGGAAACGCUGAGCGACACCUUGAGCAUAAGGGACUUUAUAGCGGUGCAAAAUGAAGUGUUUGCUUUACAGAAGAAAAUCGAAGAACGGAACUUCGAACUGAGGAGGAUGCGCACCCAGUACCUGAUGGACGUGCAUCUCAUCCGGCACAACAGGGAGAAGGCUCUGGCCCUGGCUGAGAAGUUUGACCUGCAGAAGACCCUGCUGAAGAACGCCAUCGAUAAGCAGCGCAUCCUGCGGAGCCAACUCUACGACGUGAAACUGGAGCGCACCAAGAUGCGGCAGCAGUCCAGGGAACUGACCUUCCAGGGCGGCAUCCUGGCGAUGCCAUCGCUGAUGUACGACUUCGACCAAACCGUGCUCCGUCUGAAGGAGAAACAGGACACCGUGUCCAAGCUCAAGGAGACCAUGAAGGCACUCUCACGUCGUAUCAGCCAAGCAGAGGGUAGAAGUAUAUAGAAAGUGUUUACAUCUGUGGAAUUCAAUAAAGUCUAUGAUCUAUCAAAAUGA